AUGUUAGUUGACACAACCCUUGACACGAUACACACUGGUACAGGCAAAUCAAUUCAAGCGUCAGGUAAAACAUCAGUAUUAUUUAAUACAACACAGUCUACAGAUACAACCACAGUGCCAACAACAAGUAAAUUACAAUCAACAAGUACGAAUACAGAGCCGCCACAACCACCAAUUACAACAAUGAAAAUUGAAUCUUCUAAUGGAAAUAGAAUUUCCCCGCCAUUAUCAUCAACUACAUUAAUUGAAAUAGGUCUGAAUAAUUCUUCAAGUGGUAUAACAACGGAAGAGCCAUCCCAAAGCAUUACAUCUGAAAGAAAUAAUAUAUCCUCUACAAGUGGAAUUACAAGACAGUUGCCGCUACCAACUACAUCCGUUGAUUCAAAUAUUCUAAACAACACAAAUGAAAUUACAUCACUGUCUUCUUUACUAACAACAUCAGUAGAAACAAAUAAUCAUAGUUCAACAAGUGAAAUCACAACACCAACCGUAAAGAUAGAAACUCCUAGCAUAACCAGUGGAACUACUGCACAGCCACAGACGCACACCACAGCAGUGGAAACAAAUAAUCAUAGCUCUACAAGAAGAAAUAUAACUGAAAUUAGUUAUACAAAUGAAAUAAAAACAACUCCAUCAACAACAUCCAUGAAACCCAGUAAAUCUAUUUCGCAAAGUUCAUCUCCUAAGGAAUCGUUAUCAUCAUCAACAGUGAAAGCUACAAAUCCUCCAACUGCAACAAAAGCAAUGACAGCUACCGAAAUUGUGUCAAAGCAACCAAUACAGACAACACAUUCUUCAUCUUCUGGUCAUAUCCCUAACCCUGAAAAGCCAACAACAGUAACACCGUCUUCUCUAAGUCAUAUCACAACAGAUGAAAAGCCAACAACAAUAACAUUUUCAUCUUCUAGCCAUAUCACAACAGACGAAAAGACAACAGUAACAAAUUCUCCAUCUAUUAGUCAUAUCACAACAGAUGAAAAGACAACAGCAACAAAUUCUCCAUCUAUUAGUCAUUUCACAACAGAUGAAAAGACAACAGCCAUAACACCGUCAUCUUCUAGUCAUAUCACAACAGAUGAAAAGACAACAGCCAUAACACCGUCAUCUUCUAGUCAUUUCACAACAGAUGAAAAGACAACAGCCAUAACACCGUCAUCUUCUAGUCAUAUCACAACAGAUGAAAAGACAACAGCCAUAACACCGUCAUCUUCUAGUCAUAUCACAACAGAUGAAAAGACAACAGCCAUAACACCGUCAUCUCCUAGUCAUAUCACAACAGAUGAAAAGACAACAACAACAGCAACAACAACUCCAUCUAUUAGUCAUAUCACAACAGAUGAAAAGACAACAGCCAUAACACCGUCAUCUUCUAGUCAUAUCACAACAGAUGAAAAGACAACAGCCAUAACUCCGUUAUCUCCUAUUCAUAUCACAACAGAUGAAAAGACAACAACAACAGCAACAAAAUCUCCAUCUAUUAUUCACAUUGCGACCAAGGAAAAUACAGCAGCAACAACACCGUUACCGCCUCGUAAUAUCACGACAGAUGAAAUAACAACAACCAUAACACCGUCAUCUCCUAGUCAUAUCACAUCAGAUGAAAAGCCAACAACAAUAACAUUGUCAUCUCUUAGUCAUACCACACCAGAUAAAAAGACAACAACAAUAACACCGCCAUCUUCUAGUCAUAUCACAACAGAUGAAAAGACAACAGCUACAAAUUCUCCAUCUAUUAGUAAUAUCAUGACCAAUGAAAAUACCCCAACAACAAAACCACCACCUCCUAAUAACAUUUUGAAUGAAAAGACUAAAACAACAACACCGUCAUUUCCUAGUUAUAUCAUGACCAGUGAAAGGACAACAACAGCGCAAACUUCAUCUACUAGUAGUACCACGAACAGUACAAAGACAACAAUAUCACAACCUUUAUCUACUAGUAGUAUCACGAAAAGUAAUCAGACAUCAAUUACACAACCUUCAUCUUCUAGUAGUAUCACGAACAGAGCAAAGACAGCAUCAACACAAUCUACUAAUCAAUCCUCAGCCAAUGUUAGGAUUACUUUUACAAAACCAAAUGCGACACCAAAUUCAUCGACAGCAACACCUAUUGCAAAAAAAGUAACAGUCGGACCAUGUAAGAAGCCAUUUUCUGUAGUACAAGGAAGUUGUAGAAAACCAUGUGCUGGGGACAAUAUAUCUUGUGGAAGUAGCGGGAAAUGUUACAUAGAUGAUAAUAAACUAUCCAUAUGCGUAUGUAAUACAGAUGACGGAUUGUUUCAAUUUACUGGAGACAAAUGUGGCGCAAAGGAGAUGAAAUCAAAAUAUGUCAUCACGAUAGCUGCUGGCGGUGCGGGAGGAAUAAUUCUGAUUGUUUUAUUUAUAGUUUGUGGAUGUUUUUGUUGGCGACGCUCACGUGAUAGAAGUUACGCUAGUGAAUGGGAAUCUCUUAACGACUAUCGUGUCUCAGGCAGGAACGUACAAUACAUUGAUGGUUACAAAACAGAUGGCACUUUUGGAAAAGGGAAAGAUAACCCAGCAUACGACAAAUAUUACAGAGAGGAGGAUUUCACAGAAAAUGAUAAAAAGGAUAUAGAAAUUUCUCCUGACAACAUUGUUAAUCCAUCUGAACUGUCAAUGAAGGGUCCAAACGAUCAUGACAAUCCAAGCUUUCUUUAUAGCGACGUAUGGAAACCAAGAAGUUUGCGUUUAAAGCCCGAUACCAGUUGAAGAAUCCUGCCUGACAACAGAAACGACAAAAAAUACUCAUAACUGAACAAUCGUCCAUUACCAGGACGAUUUAUUGUCCAAUCAUAAAAUUGUUCAUUGCAUACAUGUAAAUAGAAAUAAAACAACAUCAGCUACGCGUGGGAAAGAGGAGUU